AAUGGUCAAGUCAAUUACGAUGACCAAUAUUAACGAUGUUAAUGGUGAAAGUGAUUCAGUGAAAAGUUAUUAUGAUUAUCAAUGUGAUUAUCCAUCAACCAAUACAACCACAACAACGACAACAACGGUUACAACACCUCCACCUCCUUCAUCAGUUGUACCAUCAACACAACAACAACAACAACAACCACCAACUGCACCUUCAGCACCAACAUCAUCAUCAUCAUCACCAAUUUAUGGUUCAACAAUAACAACAACAACACCAAAUGUAACAAACAGUACAAAUGAUGUUGUAAUUACCAAUGGCGGAGGUGGGGGUGGAAAUCAUCAUCAUUAUCAUGAUGAAAGUUACCUGGAAACAUCAACCGGAAGCUACAGAUUUGAUUUAAAACCAACGGAAGGUGUGGAGGGUCAACACAUUCCGAGCGAUAAUUGUAACACAAUUUACAAUCAGCAUCACCAUUUAAAUCAUCAUCUAAAUCAUCAGCAGCAACCAUUAUUAUUACAUCAACAUCAUCAUCUUCAACAGCAACAACAAGAACAUCAUAUGUCACAUCUUCAACAUAAUCAACAUCAACAUCAACACCAACAAUCUGUUCACCAUCAACUUCACCCUCAUCAACAACAACCCCAACCACAGCACCAACAUUACCUUCCUCCUCAACAUUUACAAGCCCAACAGCAGCAACAACAACAACAACAACAAUCACCAACACACAUCACCUUUACAUCCUCAUCAUCCUCAUCAACAAUAUUAUGAGACUCAAAGUGUCACCGGUGUCGGUGGUGGUGGAGGUGGUGGAUUACCAAUUGAUACUAAUGUUGUCGGUUCUCUUGUUGUUGGUCAACAUGUCGUACCCUCAAUGACCCCACCAGGAGUAACUACUCUUCACCAUUUAACACCUUCUGGUCUUCUAACUCAUCAUCCAUCGCCUCAUUCUCAUCUUUCACCAUCGAUUCCUGUUCAUCAUCCCAGUGUCUCUUCAUCAUCUUCACCCGCCUUCUCAAUGAGACGAACCCCUCACCAACAACAGCUAAUCAACAACAACAACAAAAACUACCAAUUCUCAAUUACAUGAUAUUAAACCAGUGAUUAAUGAUCCACCUUCACCCUCGGGCUGUGCAAUCUCAGUUUCUCUUUCGGUAGAUAUGACUGAUUCAAGUGCAUCAGCAAAUUCAGCAGCGACAACAGCCUUCGAUGUAAAUUAUGGUAACGGAUUUAAUGGAUCGCCUUAUAUUAACCAUUUACCAACUCACUUUCACCAUCCUCAUCAUCAUCAAGUCCACCGUCCACAUCAUCAUCAUCAUCCACAUCAACAUUUUCAUCACCAUCCGUACCAUCCUUCAAGCCGUACCAAUUUUAACACUCGUAGUCCCGUCAGUCAACAUGUACAUACAUACCCAUGGAUGAAUGUUAAACGGAAUGUACCCAAAAUAAAUAAUAAUAAUAAUAACAACAACAAUAAUAAUAAUAAAACAAACGACUAUGGUUACAAUGGCUCAUCUCCGGGCUCAGUGGGCAAUGGUUCAAUCACCGGUUUACUUGGUUCCUCUCCGGGCCUUGGUGUUGGUAAUGGUUUAGAUGUUAACGGAGUGGAUGGAGGGCGAACUGGACGUGGUUCCAAUGGUAUUGUAGGUGGGGGUAAUAGUCUUGGUUCCAAUGGUAGUAAUAGUAGCAGUGGAAGCUCUGGUAGCGUUGGUGGUGGUGGUGGAGGAGGAGGAGGUUUGGGUAGUAGUGCAUGUGAUGUCCUAAACUCUUCGGGUGGCCCAGGAUCAGCUGGAUCGGCAAGUAAUACUGGACGAACCAAUUUUACGACAAAACAAUUAACCGAAUUAGAGAAAGAGUUUCAUUAUAAUAAAUAUUUAACUCGUGCUCGUCGUAUUGAAAUAGCCCAAGCUCUUGGUCUUAAUGAGACUCAGGUAAAAAUUUGGUUCCAAAAUAGACGAAUGAAACAAAAGAAGCGACAAAAAGAGGGACUUAUAUCAGCUGAUACAUCGACACCACCACCAUCAUCGGGAGUAUCAACGGCUAAUGGAAACGGAUUAUCACUAUCAUCACCAUCACCAUCACCAUUGUCAUCAUCAACACCACCAAAUUAUCACUAUCAUCAUCAUCAUCACUAUCAUCGAUACUUUCACCAUCAAUAUCAACAGCGACACAUGAUAAUCAAUGAUUUCAACAUGACUGACAUACAAUAAAUCCCUCAAAAGAGAUGACUAAAUGAUUGGAUUAUCUCACCCUGACCUACCAUCAUCCACUCAACAACAACAACUGGAAUACACCUAAAUUGCCAUUGACCCACCCAAACAACUCACACACACACACAAACACAAAACUAUUCAAAGAAGCAAAAAAUCACCAAGAAUCACAAUUAAAGUAAAUGAUUGGUGUUAAAACCUAAAUUCAUCACCAAAAGGACAAACAAGCAACAAAAAUAAAAGGAAACGGAAACGAUGAGUAUGAUAACCCUUAGGAGGAUGAUUAUGAUUAUGAUUAUGAUUAUGAUGAUGAAGAUGAAGAUGAUGAAUACGAAUGAUGCACAUUAUCCUCUCUCUCUCUCUCUCCUCCCCCUUCCUCUCCUACCUGGUGGGCUAAUUAUCAUCACAAUUUGGAUUGUUAUCUAUUCUAUUCUUAUUCUAAUUCUAUACAUACUGAUAAAUAUACAACAAAAUGCUAUAUAUAAAUAUAUAUAUAUUAAUAUUGUAAUAAUAAUACGCAAAGGUGACCACAAGAAUCACAAUGAAGAAAAAAAAAAAAAGUUCGAAAAAAAAAUCAA